UUUAUUAUUAUUUUUUUUGUAUGGUACGGAUUACGGUGGUCUGAAGUUAUUCCGUGAGAAUUCAUAAAAUUUGCUUAAAAAGUAUAUACCAUCGUUCUUAUAGUAGCCAGUGAUUGUAAUAUUCACCUUAUAUGCGAAAUAAAAACAUUUUCGUGCUUUGUGAUGAUAUUGGUUUAAAGAAGUUAUGCAAAUAUUACCAUGAAGGUUGAUACAAGCAAACUAAAAAAGAGUUCUUCGGAGCUCACUCCUGAAUGCAGGUUGCUUAUAGAUCAGUUAAGCAAGUGUCGUAGUAAGGUUGACCUCUCGCGUUUUCUUGAAACAAUAAAUGUUUGGACAUAUGGAAAGUGUGAACUGUAUCAUUGGACGCAUAUUUUGGACCGUUUUGACAAAAUUUUGGAGGAAGGGGCACGGCAGGUGGAUGACAAUGAAUUCAUGUUAUACUGCGACCUCAAAUUCUCAAAAGAGGAUGUUCGACUGUUACUCCUCGUUUUGAAUUUCACUACGCUUUUAAUUGAACACUCCUUCUCAAGACAUCUAUACAAUUCGGUCGAACACUUGACUCAGUUGCUGUCUUCUCAAAAUAUGGACAUUGUUCUAGCAGUUUUAAACUUGCUUUACAUGUUCUCUAAAAGAAGCAAUUUCAUACCACGACUUUCGCUGGAGAAAAAGGAUAUGCUUUUAACGAAGCUUUAUAAUAUAGCUGAGCGAUGGGGUGAUCCAAAUUAUGGUUUAGCUUUGAUAGAUUGUUGUAUAAGAAAACCAAAAUUGGAAUUCCUGUAUCAACUUUCCAUCGAAUACUCAGAUGAAAAUGGACAAGUUGUUUUGCUGGAGAUACCAGACAUGGUAAAUACGUGCAAAGGCUUGCCUAUUUCGGAGGUUGUCAAGGCGAUAUGUGGACAUAUGAAAAAUCCUUCUGAGGCAGUUAAGAUGAGGAUCGCGCAUAGAAUUCGGCUUGUAUCUGGAUUUAAGCAUCAAAAGUUACGUCUACAAUUUGUUCAAGCUCGUCUCCAAGCUAUAUCCGUAUUGAUUUACUCUAAUGCAUUACAAGAUAAUGUCGAGAGGAUUCUUUAUUCCGGCUUCGGAGAAGAACUGUGCGAACUAAUAGACAAAGAAGAUGUAUAUUUGGUUGAAAUUCGUGCAGCAGUACUCAGGACCUUGACUUCAAUGCUACACUUUGACCGAAAUCCUAAUGUACCAAGACCGGGUUCUCGGUUGUCGAAAAUUAUUCAGUACACUGGAGCGGAACGCCAAGGAGGCAUUUUACCACUUUUGGUUCGCGAUUGCAUAACAAGUUUGACUCAUGAAGGGAUUUGUGAAAAAUAUCCAUUGGUUUUAGCAACUUCCUUGUUCAGUCUUCUUUAUCAUUUAGCCAGUUAUGAAGCAGGCGGCCAUGCUUUGGUCAAAAGUGGUAUGAUGAAAUCAUUGCUGGAAGUCAUUAAUUGGCCUGGAGUCGAUUUAGAGCACAUUACUUUUGUUACGCGAGCUGUUCGAGUUAUAGACUUAAUAACAAAUAUUGACAUAAGCAAAUUUCACCAAAGCAAUGGCUUAAAUAUUUUUAUUGAUCGCAUGGAGAAGGAAAUCAAUUGUUGCAGGGAUGCUCUUGCCAAUUUGGAAAGAAAUGACGAUUCGGUGGACAGUAUGGAGCAAAUGACAAAUGAUGUAGUUACCGAACAAGGAAAUGGGGAUAAUGCACAAGCGGAAACAUUCGAAGAUAACGCGGCUUGUAUGAGAAGAAGCGAACUGCAACGGGGACCAAAAACCUAUAAUAGAACGACAAAUGAAAAAUCUGCGUCCCAGUCAUCUGUAAAUGACCAGGAUGGCAAAAAGUUGGCUUGUGUGACUCAAAGGGCAGCUUUACUGAAGUCAAUGCUGAACUUCCUUAAAAAGUCUAUUCAGGAUCAUGCACAUUUCAACGGAAUGCGGAAUAUAAUGGAGAGUUCCCUGCCGAAAUCAUUGCAGCAUAUAAUAUCGAAUGCGGAGUAUUACGGUCCUUCUUUAUUCUUGUUAGCUACAGAUGUUGUAACAGUCUAUGUUUUCAAUGAACCGUCAUUGUUGUCGUCCUUACAAGAAACUGGCUUAACAAAUGUAAUUCUCCGUUCGUUGCUACAAAAGGAAGUACCAGCUACAAGGGAGAUAUUGGGUUCAUUGCCAAACAUAUUUUCAGCUCUAUGCCUUAAUGAACGUGGACUAAUGGAAUUCAUGUCCUAUGAUCCUUUUGAUAAGUUCUUGAGAGUAUUACUUUCGCCAGACUAUUUAAUAGCUAUGCGUAGGCGCCGAUCAUCAGAUCCGUUGGGUGAUACCUCUACGAAUUUGGGUAAUGCAAUGGACGAUCUAAUGAAACACCAUCCUUAUUUGCGCACAGACGCAAUAGAGGCUAUAGUACGUUUACUUCAUGAAUUGGUUCGAUUUGGAUCUGAUUCCAAUUACAUUUGUUGGAGGGCUCAUAAAGAUAAUAGUAAUUCUGUUGCGAACACAUUCAAUCCGAACACCCAACAAAGCACAAACACAGAAAGCACACUCGAAAUAAGAUGCAAUGAGAAUGAUAGCAGCGGUGAAGAUGAUGAAGACGACGAUGAAAUGUCGUCUGCCUCGCAGCAAAGACAGAAUAGAGCAGCAAUAGAACAAGUGCAAGUCCGGUCAAAUCAGGAGCGAGAAGCCAUACCUUUAAUCGACUAUAUAUUAAAUGUGAUGAAAUUUAUUGAUGCAAUAUUUAGUAACAGCUCAAACGGCGAUCACUGUCGAGAAUUUGUAAUGCAUGGUGGGUUGCAGCCUCUGCUUCGGCUGCUUUCUUUGCCGAAUUUGCCAAUUGACUCGCCAGUAUCCACAACAGCACAGGCUGUUGCCAAUGUGUGCAAAUCGAUAUUAAAUUUGGCGCACGAGACGACAGUAAUUGAUAUAGCUCUAGAAGAGUUGUCGAAAAUAAUUGAUAAUCUAAAACCGCUCAUAUUGAAUUUCAAUUUUCCCGGAGGAAGCAUACUUUUGCAAGAACUAAUUGCUUGUCCGAAACUAGAUGAUGGCUUUUCGACAGCGGAAUAUACCCCACUCUUACACAAUAUGAGUUCCGUUCAUGGAUACGUAGUGCUCUUGGUACAUUUGUGUCGAAAUGCUUCGAGUGAUAUGCGGCUAACGUUACUAAGUCGUUGGGGCACCAAUUCUGGGACUGGCUUACAAUUAUUGCAAAGCUUAGUUCGACUUUAUAUAUCUCUGGUAUGGGAAAGUACUAUUCUGUUAAGCCUUUGCUCAGAUGAGAUAUCUGAGUCUGGAUUGUAUGAAACACCGCUAACUGAGCAGGCUGUAGAUGCUGAAAUUGAGGACUCAACCCCCAAAAUGGAAAAAUUAAGCUCGAUUAAAUCAAAAAUAAAAGCAGAUGAUCAAUUGCGGUAUAUAAAAUCAUUGCUAGCAGCCUCUUCGCGCUUAGGUCGGGCUCUGGCAGAGCUGUUUGGAACCUUGGUGAAAUUGUCCGUAGGUACACCACAAGCCCGACAGAGAAGAAGCAAUGACUAUUCCGCAAGCAAUGCAAACAAGAUUCCCACUGCUGACGCGAAGGAAAUCGCUCGUGUGCUUAGCUCAAUUCUCGUUAAUGGGUUCAGCCAUGAGGACAACGUAUCGAAACCAGCGCCAAAGUUGAAGCUUACCUUUCUUAUAUGUUCUGUUGGUUUUACGGGCCCAAUGCUGUUUGACGACAAACGCAGUUGCUUCCAUUUAAUGAUAUCCCAAUUUUGUGAAGAAAAUGGUCUCAAAGCAUUUUUUGAUAUGUUUUAUUGGGCACUAUCACUAGACAACAGUCCAAACACAUUUGGAUUUGAUCAAUGCUUGAAAUUGGAAAAUAUUUUGCAAAAUGUCGCCAGUGACACAAACGAGUAUCCCGUAGGGACUGGAGAGUUCAUAGAUGCAUGGUUGCAGUUACUUGAAAAGAUGGUUAAUCCGCGCGGAAUUCUCGACUCGCCCUACACUUUGUCCGCAAAAGGUGGCCCCACUACAGAAUCAAUUGAUUUUGAGCCUAUAUUCUAUUUGAUACACAUGCAUCACCUGGCUAUGCAUGUUGUUAGGCGGAUUUGGAAGCGUAAACCUAUUCCUAAUUAUGGCGUAUCUAUAACGGAAACUAUAAUGGCCAUAUUAAAGCAUAUUAUCAAGUCCCACAAUACGAUUUGUAGUAGAUAUAAAGCGCGAUUAGAUGAAAUCCAAAACGCUGAAAAAUUGGUUGAACAACGUAAAAAAUCUACAAAAAGUACCGAUGAAGCAUACCUAAAUGCCAAUUAUUUCAAAGUACUGACCGAUAUGGGAUUCGGCCAACAACACGUCUUAGAUGCUUUGAGAAGCACACGCUCGCUGGAGCAGGCCACUGAGUUUCUGCUGAAUCACCCGGAGGCAACCAACACUGAUAUCCAAACUAACGAAAGUACUUCAGUACCACAAUCUCAGUCCCCUUCUAACGAUAUGGAUGUUGACGUUGAAACGGCCUCAACCUCUACAUCCAAUUCUAACAGAACCAGUGAAACAAACGUAAAUUCAAAAUAUAAACAAUGCGGCAUUGUUCACGAUGUCGAGCUGUUACCAAUUGAUAUAUUCAAUCAGUUUUGCAACGAAGUAUUUGAGAGGGUGUUUGCCUUUAUGGAGUAUUUGCCCGAAAGCGUAAACACCGGCACAGAGUUGCUAUCUGUACUGUAUCGGCAAAAUAAUCAGCAAAAUAAACGGGAGUUUAUGAUGAAUCUUGUUAGGGGCGUUACCGAGUGUAUGGAUCAAAUAAUUGACAUCAUAAAAGCUGAGAAGAUCACAAACCCAUCUCAAUUGGAAAAUAUUUUCUUUGGCGAAACUUCGACAAAACUCUUAAUACGGCUUAAAGUGUCUACAAUACUACUCGAUGAAAAUUACAGCGAUAUUAGGAAAGAAUUCUGCGCUAUCGUUUCGCAAGAAAAAUCUAUGCAUACCAUGGUUAAUCUGUUAUACGAGACUGAAGCUUUACUGAAGGAACAAACAUUGAUUGGGGUCAAACCCCAAGCUCCUCUAUGGUUACAAAACUUCAUAGAAUUUGUUGAUGCGAUCGACAAUGUGUGCAUAAUCCUACAGCGAAGGGAAAAUAUGCGUGCUGUAUGCAGUGAUAAAUGGAGAUGGUACGACGUAUCAACAGGUAAAUGGAAUUCCUAUACAGAAUCGAAUAACAAUUUAAUUAAAAAUGCUUUUGCAAUGGGCGAAAAAUCCCAAGUGAUCAAUAUCGGUCGCCAACGAUAUACUGUGAAUUUUAACUGUAUGACACAAGUAAGCGAAGCAUCGGGAAGUCAUAGGCCUGUAUUACCAGAUUUGAAAAUAUCAGAAGCUUUAUGCUUGCUUAACCAUGGAAGAAACGGAAAUACCAAUACGAAAACAGAGAGCAUUCUUACGCGCUCUAUAAGGACCAAGCCAGGCGGUGAAGGUAUCAUAUUCAAAGAUGAAUUGGUUUGUCUUCGUUCUCUAACUAGCCUGUCAUUUGGCAAAAAAGAUUCUGAAGCUGAAAAAAAUGUUGACGUUACCAAUGAAACCGAUUCCCAGCAAGUGGGUGCACCGCUUUCUGAAGAGGGCGUUCCAUUGGGAGAAAAGAAAAUUAAAUUAAAAAAUACUACAAAAUUGUCUUCGAAAAAGAGCUUGGCAGGGUUUUCGAAACACAGCAAAAAGAUCAUAUUACACGAAGAACUUGUUGGGUUAGCUCGAGAAAAUUGCAUUGACAUUGUUGCUUGUCUUGUUCAUUUACUCCGCCCAGAAUUAUUGGUAGAUUUCGAAACCAAACUGUCGAUUAUGAAACUUUGCGCUCGUUUAACAAAAGAUUACGAAAAUGCGAAAGCCUUCUACAAAAACGGGGGAAUUUCUCUGUUACUAAAGAUGCGUCAAACUUGCGGCACGAUGGGAUUCCCCACAUACGCCAUUGUUAUAAUUCGACAUGUUCUUGAAGCUCCAUCAGUUUUGCAGGAGGCUAUUGAGAGAAUUUUGACUGCGCGUUCAUCGUCUACAGUCCCAGUGGGUCAUCGAGAUCUUGUGUAUCUGUUCACACAAGUAUCUUCGGCUGUGGCAAGACAUCCUACUGUAUUCCUCAUGGCCGCCAAACAGUCAUUGCAAGCGGAUAAUGCAAUGAGCUCGAACUUCCCUGUAGACGACUCAAGGUUUCUUGUAAAAGCUCAAGCAAAUAAGGCGAGCGAUACGGCUUCCAACACUUUUUCGAAAACUGACGACGCCUCAGAAGAAACCGUGAAGGAGUUACUGAGAGCAAUCGUCCAACCUUGCAUUCAUUAUGGAGGCGUACCAGUAACAGCAGAUAUUGAUGACGGCUUGGCAAGAAUGGAGGAGUCGCCACCAGAACAAUUAGACAAAUCUCAGCUGAAAGCCUCGUCAUCAAAAAAAUGUACGGAAAAUGUCGAUAUAAAUCCCUGUUGCUGUAGCUGGCAUAUUCCAUCUACAAGUCAUACGCAUCAAAAACCAAUACUUCCGCGAUCGACUUUACUAAAGAUAUUAGCUGAUGCUGUGCGGUCAUAUCAGUGUUUAGUUCCAAAACUUAUAAUGGAUUAUACAUAUACACCAACUGAUAGCCCAUUGAUAACAAAACCGCAGUCAUGUAUUUCAUUUAUUCUUGAUCAUUUUCUACCUAUCACAAAGCGACAACAGGAUCCGGAAGUAAGCAUGAUGUCAAGAGUUCUUCUGUCGUCUCUGUCAGACUGUGUGAGCCAACAAACAGUUCAAUCCAAAUUGGUCGAGGAAGUCCACGAAGCACUGGUGCGUACACUGACCGAACCAAAUUACACGGAAGAGCAUGUUCGCUUACAAGUUUUGAUUGGUUUGAUUCCCAUAAUGAUUGAAAGCCCGAUGCUUUCUAACAAAAUGCAUUUACAACGCAAUAACAUGUACAGAAUUUUGUUGCGCCAGGGUGUGAUGACUGAUUUAGCUAAACUUGCCCAAUAUAAAGACUUGUCUAAUUCAAACACACUUACUACAAUUCAUGCAACAUUACGUCCAAUGGAAAUAUUGCUGAGGCUUACCAUAACUCCUGGCACUUUGUCUUCAAGGAGAAUAUUUUUUGGAACACCGCCUAAUGGAAGCAACGCGGUUGUGAAUCGCAGGCUAUAUCCAAGAUUAACAUCGCGAUCCACUAACGAGAGCUCUGGUUCGGUCGGCAGUGAGCAUGUCCUUCGUGAUAUAAUCCGAAACGUCCUUUCCGAUCGCAGGCAAGCCUUCGACUUCAUUUUAAAUGGCGAAGAUAUAUUUUUGGACUCAGAAGAUCCUUCCAACUCUAUGGCAACCGGCAAUGAUGAGACUGAAGAAAAUGAGCGUGAAUCACAUCUUCUGACUUCAACAAACUUGCGACCUCAAAUCAACUUUGAUCAACUAUGGGACGAUCUUUUGCAAAAUGGUAACGUAGCAUUUUUGGGUCGUAGCUCUGAUUCAAAUAAUGGACCUGGUGAUGGUAGUAGAAUGGAGACAAGAAAUAACCGAUCUGAUGCCAAUCAGGCAAACGCCGAGGGUGGAGUUAGUGGCGGCAGCGAUGGGGCGUCCACUUCAUCCGAACUUGUUGCGGCCGUUGUAGACAACUCGACGUCUUUGCUGGGAGAAGUGAGCACAAGCGAAUCUGAAUCCGAUUCAAACGCCUCCACAGAAAACGAGCGUAACGACGAGGAUGAAGAUGAUGACGACGACGAAGAUGGCAAUGAAGAAGACGUGGAGGAUCAUAGCGAAACAGAUGCAGACGAAGAAACACGACAGUUCAUUGAAGUUUUCGACCACAUUUAUGAGCCAGAGUCUUCUGAAACCGCUUCAAAUGAUGCCGACGAUGAAGCCUCGGAGGUAAGUGGUAGAAGUGGCGAACAAGUGGUAAACGGAUCUGAUGCAGAUGACGAAACAUCGGAAGUUAAUGGCAGAAGCAGGGAUCAAGUUGUUAAUGCUGGCAGCAAUAUCAAUGUCGAGAAUAGAAAUGUGCGCGAGGAACGCACAGAAGAUCGAAAUGAUAUUUUGCUGCUAUCAGAACCCGUUUCUCGAGGCGGUGGCCAAUCCUCUGAUAAUACGGCAAACAAUUUGGUUACUUCGUCGUUUGCUGAAAGCAAUGUAACAAACAGGGAAGAAAGCUCAGUUCGCACCAAUCCCUCAUCUGUUUGGGUGACACCAAGACUCGGCUCAACGCGGGGAGAUGUGAAUUACGCCACAAAUAUAGAUUCUGGAAACACUUCUACAACCAAUCAGGAGCGCAAUCAAAACACUACGGUAUAUGUUGGCUCAGCAAACAACGUCAGCCAAACCACAUCUAUAGGUAAUUUCAUUCAAAGGCGGGAGUCUACGAGACGCCUAAUUUUGCUAGAUCAGCAAUACUGCACGCUCAUGCCAUCAUUCAAUAAUCCAACUGAAGAAGGACAACUUGAUAUAUUCAAUCAAGACAGCUUACAUUGGUGGCUUGAAGAAGCAAAACACCUGGAUUUGGAGUCUCAAACAGAUGCGUGCUUAUAUGUUGCACAUCUUCUGAUACCGUUUUUGCUAAGAGUGUUCAAGGAGGGCCAAAAAACCAAAUCAACAGAACAACCGGUUUCAACCACCACUUUCAACUCCCCUAAUCGCCGGAGUGCCAUUCCGGUAUUUAUUCAACAAUCCACCAGUUCAAAUAGUGGUUCCACUAAUAUUUCUACUAACGAAACCACCUCAGAGAGGAACGAGAGCAUUGCUUUAUCCGAGGACACACAAGACCAUCAGGACCAAAUAUUAAACGAUGAUGUUGGGGAAUUGGAGUUCUCGAGUGAAGAAGAAAACCCAGCCAUUUUGGUAACAAAUGAGGACGAAAACAUUCAGGAUGUUGAAGACGAUUUUGACGACGGACUGGAUGUAGAUGAAGGUAAUGCCGAUUUAAAUGUCGGUUUUAUGAGAGAGGAAAUCAACCCUAUUCAACUUGGCAAUGAUAUGCGAGCCGAUAUAGAAGAGCCACCUUCGGGAGAUAUGGACAAUGUAGUAUCUCAAGCAUCUGAACUAUUUUCUGCAAUCGAAUCAGUGGAUAUAUCUUCGAAUAAUAUUGUAUUAGAAGACAUAGAAGAAGGCGCUGCCACUGUUUCAAAUCGUGAGCUCGAUGUUCCGUCCGUCGAAGAACAGCCCACGGGUGAAGCCCUUAAUCCGACGACUGACACAACUCCUCCUCCCGUCAUGAAUGCUGAAGUCCGUGCAGCAUUGGGAGAUUUGCAAGUGCCAGAGGGGGUGGAUCCGUCAUUUUUAGCUGCAUUGCCAGCAGAAAUGCGCGAAGAAGUUAUAAACGAGCACCUAAGGAUGCAACGCAUACGUCAAAGGGCACAACAGAACGCAAUUCAAGUUGCUCACGAUUCUUUAAUUGAAGUUAAUCCAGAGUUUUUAGCUGCUUUACCGCCAAACAUACAAACAGAGGUUCUAAUGCAACAAAGAAUAGAACAACAACGUCAAGCUGCUUCGGCAGCAAAUCCUGAUGAUCCUGUUGAUACGGCCGCUUUCUUCCAAAACUUGCCGGAAUCCUUGCGACAAGCCAUUCUCACUGACAUGGAAGAAUCACAGAUUGCCAGUUUACCUCCCGAUCUCGCAGCAGAAGCCCAGUAUUUACGACGCGAUUGGGAAAGUCGAAAUGGACCUAGUGUUGAUACGCCUCAUGUACUCCGACGUUUCCCAUCCUCUUUACAAAACCUCACCGAUGAUUCGAGAUGGCAUUCCAACUCGAUAUGGUAUGAAGCGCACGGUAAUCAACAAUCACAACAUCACCAGCAUACAACAAUAGUUCAUCAACAUCAGCAACAAAUACAUGGCAAGCCUAUUGCAUUGCUUUUCAUGGAGGAUGACAACAAUAUGCUUGACCCGGAUUGUUUAGCCACAAUACUACUAUUUUUAUUUACCGAGGACACUAAAAUUAAUUACACUCGAUUCCAUCGCGUCAUACGAAAUUUGUGCUAUCAUGCUCCUACAAGAACUUGGAUUAUUCAAGCUUUGAUAAGUAUCAUUCAAAAAACAAACCAGGAAAAAGCAAGUGAUUCUGAGCGGUCUAUCGUUAAACCACAUUGGCUUAAACUCAGAGUGGAUGCAGCUUUUGGUUACAAAUCGAAUGUUUUUAUAAUCAAUGAAACGCAACACAUGAACCUUGAUCACAGUUCGCCUUGCAACUAUAACAUAAAUAUUAAUCCGCAGGCAGCACAAAUGGUGGUCAAAAAUUGCUUGGAUUUGCUGUUUGUAUUAGCCAGACAUUUCCCAAGAAGUUUCGUACCGUUUAAGCACGACCAAAAGAAACGAUGUGACUCGGCCAUGGAAUCUAGCGAUAGCAGCAGAAAUUCCCCUAGUGGGCUUAGUGCCGUAAAUUUCUCUGAAGUGGAGAGAGAUGUAGCCAAUAGUACUUCGAACGUUAGUAAAGUCACCCAAAAGUCUUCUGAUUUCAGACUAGAUGAAGGGCCGUCAACGUCAAAGGCAGCGGCUAGUCGUGGACAAAAAAGUAGCUCAACCGGGGCAAAGAGUAAAAAUGCCAAGAAAAUUUCUUAUAACACCAACAGCAAAGAGUUUUGGGAUGUUCUUUUGAAGAUAGACUUGCAUACUCCACAGCGACUUACAAAUAUGCAGGACUUCCCACUCAUAUCUCACCCUCGAUGGGAGUGGGAGGAACAGAAUCAGGAUUUUCAAACAUUCAAUGACACACCACUUUCAAAAUUACUAGAAAUGCUACCGUACAAAGUGAUAUGCCGUUCUCCGCAACUGACAGACAUGCUUGUCAAAUUGCUAGCGUCGCUUAGUGCUGAACUUCCAAAAGAAAGUGAUUUAGAAGAAAGCAAGUUGAUAAAUAAAGUCUCCGAUGCUGACGAAAGUUUCAACAGCAAUGAAGUAAAGCUUAAGGAAGAAUCCACCAUCAGUUCCGAAGCCAACCAAUACAAUGCUGGCUAUCGUAUUAAAAACAAAUUAUAUUCGAAGAACUUUUCACAACUACAGUUGGUAACUGAAGUGCUAACACAUCAAUGUGGAACCGUUGACGGAUUGGAUAACAUUUCAAAACUGAUUGUUAACUUGAGUCAGUGUUCUCACGCAUCGAAUGCUAUAUUCCUCGAGUACUUAUCCUCUGCAGUAUUUGGAUUAGCGAAAGAAGUCCGUUUGGCGAUACAAAACUUGCUAGAUGAAAUUCGAUCCUACAAAGUUCACAAUAAACUCGACAAAGACGCGAAAUGUGGUACAGCUCCUCAAAAUAAAGUCGUACUCGAGGGAGUUAUGCAAGACCGGUUUACGUCGGAAAAUGUUAUUAUUUCAGCCCCUAGCAAUUUUAAACCUUCAUGUGAGCUACAACUGCCAUCGAUAAAAAAAUUGCUUUCCCCUUCGUCGGCCCAACUAUAUUUUUUGAAAACGCUUAAGAUAUUUAUACAAGUACGUGAGAUUUUCUACGCCGAAGACUCAUCAGUCAUGGAAUCCACGAACAAAAAGCCAACCCUUAGUCAAAUAAUAUCACUGCAAGAUCUCUGGAACACUCUGAGCGAAUGUUUAGUUGCUUUGGAAGAGUCUAAGGAUGAAUAUGCAGUUCUGGUAUUGCAGCCAACGGUGGAAGCAUUUUUCUUGAUCCAUGCAACUAAGAAAAAUGAAAGUAAAGUAGGAUCUAAUCUCGAAUCACAAACUUCGACUUUGGAUGCAAUAGAUGAAACCAACACCAGCCCAGCCAUUUUGACUGAAAGCAGCGGCGAUAAUACAAACGUGAAUGAAACGGCAGCGUCAGAAUCUUCGGAAAAUUUACGAAAAUCUGUCUUCCGCGCAAAUCCACUAGAAGUCCAACAGCGUUUAGACAAGGAAAACUUUUUGCUUUUUGCUGAAAAACAUCGAACUGUACUUAAUCAGAUUCUAAGGCAAUCUCCGAUUCAUUUGUCGGAUGGGCCGUUUGCUGUUUUGGUGGAUCAUACACGAAUUCUCGAUUUUGAUGUGAAAAGAAAGUAUUUCCAGACUGAGCUCGAGAGGAUUGAUGAAGGUGUUCGUCGUGAAGAAAACACCGUUAGUGUACGCCGCGUCACUGUAUUUGAAGACUCGUUUCGCGUGUUAUAUCGUCUAGGACCAGAAGAAUGGAAAAAUCGUUUUUACAUUGUUUUUGAAGAUGAAGAAGGCCAAGAUGCAGGUGGUCUGCUAAGAGAGUGGUACGUGAUUAUCUCAAGAGAGAUUUUCAAUCCCAUGUACGCUUUGUUUUGCGUUUCACCGGGCGAUAGAGUUACUUAUAUGAUAAAUCCGUCGAGUCAUGCGAAUCCCAAUCAUCUGAGCUACUUCAAGUUUGUUGGACGCGUAAUAGCGAAGGCAAUACAUGACAACAAAUUACUCGAGUGUUAUUUUACGCGGUCAUUUUAUAAACACAUCCUCGGAAAGCAAGUUAAAUACACAGACAUGGAGUCACAAGAUUAUGAAUUUUAUAAAGGAUUAGAUUAUCUUAUGAAGAACGAUAUAUCGACUUUAGGUUAUGAGCUCACAUUUUCUACUGAAAUACAGGAGUUUGGAGUUACUCAGGUGCGGGACCUUAUUCCGAAUGGCCGUAAUAUUGCUGUAACUGAAGAAAAUAAAUUCGACUAUGUCCAGUUAGUUUGCCAACUUAAAAUGAGCGGAUCAAUUCGUCAACAAUUAGAUGCGUUCCUUGAAGGCUUUUAUGAUAUUAUACCGAAACAUCUAAUUUCAAUAUUCAACGAGCAGGAGCUGGAGCUACUAAUAUCUGGCUUGCCCGAUAUCGACAUUGAAGAUCUCAGAGCAAACACAGAAUACCAUAAAUAUACUUCGAAAUCAUUGCAGAUACAAUGGUUUUGGAGGGCUUUGCGCAGUUUUGACCAAGCCGAUCGAGCCAAGUUCUUGCAAUUUGUUACUGGAACGUCAAAAGUACCUCUGCAGGGUUUCGGUUCUCUAGAGGGUAUGAACGGAAUUCAGAGGUUCCAAAUACAUCGUGAUGAUCGAUCAACGGACAGAUUACCAUGUGCACAUACUUGGUAAGCGCAUAGUAAUGAAUUC